AUGAACGUGGAGCAGUGUAUUCGGGAAGUUGGCAUUCAUAGUGGAAGAAUGCCGGGCUUUCUAUUUGCCUACUAUCUGGCCGACAACAAGGAGCCAUGUUUGGAUAUGAUGAAAACAUCACACCUUCUGCUGAUGACCGACUGGGCGUACUUCGUAGUCUCGGGGUUCAAGACCAAGCCUGGUGUGGUGAUCUUGAUCAGAAGGAAGCUGUUUGUUCGCGUUGAUCGCUCUCAACUCAUCUCGCAUGGAAAAUCUUCAAUCGGACGACUGCUGUACAAGAUCCAUAUAUGGCACUCUACCGCCGAUGUGGAGGCAUGUUGGCCGUUUUACGGAAUCCUGAGUGCCGUGGAUGGUGAGAUUGAGACGUGGAGAAAGAUCGUCGCGUCAAAUCCGGAGCCGAAGUGGAAAUUGUGCAGCCAAACACUUUCUUGA